GUCACAUACAUAAAAACAAAUUUAAACACUUUCUUGCAUUUUGUGUUUAAUCACAGAAGCCGAUAUUUAUUGAAUCGAAAAAAUGCCUUUAACACCGGAAUUAGCAGCACUACAAGUUCAGGAGCGCCUAACAGCAAUCCAGGGGCUAGUGCAUGCCAUUGAUAAUGAGCGACGUCGCAACGAAAACAAUCUCAAUAACUUGACGAGACUGCAAGAUAAAUACGGGUCGGAUUCAGCGCAGCACAAACUUCGAAGUCAAUACAAGACUUGUAUGAACGACGCAAUUCAGGAGGAAAGUUUGAUUCGCGAUGCUUUAGCAAAGAUACAAGAAAUUCGAAAUAUUCGCAACGAACGACGAAUUCAGGCACGCAAUGCUGGAAAUAAAGAAACUAUUCGACGUGGUGCAUUAAUGAAAAUGCUACAAAUAUCAGCUCAAACAUUACCGCUUUACGUGAGCAAACCGGAUGAAAAGACACCACCUCUAGUUGGUGCUAUCGGUGCCGACAGUACUUACAUCGCAAAACCGGGAGAUAUUGUGGCUGCAUUGGUUAAAGGUUUAGAGGAUGAAGACAGCUGGAUUUUAGCCGAAAUUGUGUCAUUCAAUGCGAGUCAAAAUAAGUAUGAGGUCGAUGACAUUGAUGAAACUAAAGACAGACAUGUUUUGAGUAAGCGAAGGAUCGUACCGCUGCCAUUGAUGAGAGCCAAUCCAGAAACAGAUUCUCAUGCGCUAUUCGCAAAAGGAACCAUGGUGAUGGCACUUUAUCCACAGACAACGUGUUUCUACAAGGCUAUCAUAAAUAAUUUACCCGAAACAGCUACCGCUGACUAUGAACUACUUUUUGAAGAUGCCAGCUAUCCAGAAGGUUAUUCGCCACCUCUUAUGGUCGCUCAACGCUAUGUUAUCGCAUUCAAACAUACGAAGAAAAGUGGAAAUGUGUCAAGUUGACCAGAUGCCAGCGACAAUAGCAUGAAGUCAGAUGAUGUUCAAUGACACAACAAUGCUUUUAAUUGAGAGACAUUAUCGAUAACAAUAAUCGAAUGAGCAUAAAAUAACCAUAUUUUAGUUGAUAUUUAGAAUGUGUACAGCAGCAAAAAUAAAUUAAUUUAACAAUGCAA